CCCACACAGGAAACGGGCCGUGUGCAUCCGGGACCACUUAAGUUAUAUCUAUAGACAAAAAUAUCGUAGAAUACUCCAUCUGUAGGACACCAACAUGGAUUUCAAUGACAGCAUUACUAAUAUCACAAACAACAUCACCGACUACAGCGCUGGGCUGAUGGACUAUAUGUUAAAACAGACAGUGCCGGUAAUAACGGUACUGGGAAUAUCGUACUUCCUGACGUUUGCUUCAAGUAUCAUUGGAAACAUCCUGGUCAUCUUAGUUGUUCUGAAAAUACCGAGAAUGCGAACCGUGACCAACUACUUCAUCUUGAACCUGGCAGUGAGCGACAUCCUUGUGGCCGUUCUCUGCAUGCCGUUCACCUUAGUGGACAACAUAAUACGCGGGUGGAUAUUUGGAGAUGUUAUGUGUAAGCUGUCUCCGGCUGUUCAAGUUGUGUCCGUGUCGGCGUCGCUAUUCACGCUUGUCGGCAUCGCUUUUGACAGGUUCUUCGCCAUCGUUCAUCCGACGAAACAAGCGAUCAACAUUCGCAGCACGCUGUACAUCAUCAUCACAGUGUGGGCCUCAGCUAUCUGCGUCAUGAUACCGCAGGUCCUCCUCAUAGAGGAACGCGCAUACAUCUACGAGGGAAUUGUCGUCAUGCACGUAUGCGAGGAGACCGACAAGAUGUGGCGAAAGGUCUACACCCUAGUACUGUUCGUCAUCUGCUACAUCGGACCACUGACCAUCAUCAUGUACCUGUACGCCCGGAUAGGCCACAAGGUUUGGUUCAAACCCUCUCCAGGAGGCGGCAAGGCAUCAGUGGAGGCGAGGAUGAAUGAGAUGAAGAAGAAGAAGCGGGUUAUAAAAAUGCUGUUGGCUGUAGUUGUUGUGUUUACGCUGUGUUGGCUGCCCUUACAUUCCAUCACGCUUCUUAACGACUACGGCCGUUUGAAUCCCAACCAGCUCGAUCUUGUUUACAUUUACAUCUACCCUAUUGCCCAUUGGCUGAUAUAUCUAAAUAGCUGCGUCAACCCUGUGAUAUAUGGGUACUUCAACCGGAAUUUCCGUGCAGGCUUUAAAUCCCUGGUGCUAGGAAAGUCCGAGGGGCCCUUGGGAGAUAAUGUGAUGACCCCAAAUCAUGCAGCUAAUGGGGAGCAGACAACAAAACACAUGCGCAUGGUCGUGAUUGGCUCCUCACGAAAUAUCAACCACACCGAGGUGUAGACUCUAGUUGGUAUAAAUUGGAGAAAAUUCCUGACGGCAACUCUUUAUAGAGAAAGAGCGCUGACGGAAAACCUUUCAGAAAUGAAACGGUAAAGGUUAAAUGACCAAAUGCAAUGCGUCGUACUGAUUUAAGCCCCUUUGUGAUAUAUUUAAAAUCUAAAAAAAUAUCGAGAAUAAUGUUACACUUUAUUACAUAGUUUGCAAUGUCAGCGUGAAAUCAGAGCUACAAGAAUUUAACAAAAGCGACCCCCUCUGUACGAAAUUUAUACCAAAUCUAGAAAAUAAAAGAACGAAAAGAGGCUACGAAUUCGAUUGAAAUGAAAUAACUCGAAACGACCAUUCCGCUUUUGAAUGGGGUUUCUCUUUAUAAUUUGGCCAGUGUAAAUAAUACUAGACGUUUCUGUGUUAUGUACUAGUAUUUGCAGGCCUUGACUGCAAAAAGCUGAAGUGAUGUACCCUUGUUAAGUUGAUAGAAAGACAACUAGCUGUUAUAGGGAAUGUAAUGAAAAUGCAGUUAUGUAUGUUGAAGAAAAUGCCUGUACACAUUUGAAAUGUUGAAUUUUAUAAUGAGUUCAUGGUUAGCAUUCCAAGCAAAAUAGAGAUGUUAUUGUAUUCUACAAUACCAAAUCGUGUAAGUGGUCAAUAUAUAACCAUUAUACCAUUAUAGUUUAAAUGAUCGAAUUUGUUUAGAGACAAAUUGGCCUUAGCCUGACUAAAUAGCGCUCCUAGCGGCCAAUUUAUUAACUCCAGCCAGCGAGACAUUGUGUAUUAAAACACAGGCUAAGAUUUUCCUUAGGAUAUCUGAACAUUGCUUAGGUGCUAAAGUUUCUAUUGUGUUGUAAUAAAAGUAUGGGCAGGAUUUCAGAACCAAUGUAAGGAUAAGCUACCAUGUCUAUAGUGAAAUACAACAGCUUGUAGAAAUAAUCUCCGUAGAGCUUUUUCCGUGACAAGAUUCAAUAGAAUAUCCCGUAAACAUUGGUUUCAACCUUUGUGAUGAAGUUGCCAUACGAUCUUUCUGGUAGACGAUAUCCGUAUGUUCCGAUAGAUGCUACACGAGCACUGUCAGGUAUUUGUCAUUCAAUCAGUGGUACUUGAAUGUCUUGUUAAUAGUGCUGUUCAUUUCAUUGUAAAACGUAUAGUUUUGUCGAUUGAAAUAUCUUGUCUAAGGCAUGUAAACGACCUUGAAAGGACGAGCGCAAUAUGAUGAAGAUGAUGACAAUAUGGAGAAGCUCUGCUUUUUCCAACACAAUGAGAAUGUACUCUCUAAAUGUUUGACUAGACUUCUCAACUAAUUCGUGAUCAGGAUAUAGUAGGAUAACGUGUUGGAAAAAAAUGACAGAUGAACAUAUAUAUGACGGCCAGCAUUUUUAACGAUGUUAUGAGCGUUACACCAUUGAUCACCAUUAUACCCAAUGUUCACUUGUCAUGAUAGAUACCAUAAAGUGAUAAACACAAAAACGGAAGAAAUACGCCGUUGUCUGAAUGCUAUAGACUACACUAUCGACGUAAACUGAAAUCUGACGUAAAUAUGGACAGUAAAAAGUCACAGUUUCACUCGUAUACAAUUGUACAAGAAUAGCUUACAUGAUGUAUAAAGAGCUUUAUUAGCUAUUUCGUAUCAGAACGUUGCAAAAAAGUGUCUUUAUCACUACCAAUAUCAUCAACCGACUGGUACUAGUGGCAAUGAUCGGAGGUAGCGGUGAAGAUGACAUGCUAAGAUAGUGAGUUCUGUCUAUCGUGGUGAUUAACGACAUGUUGUGUACGGAAAUUGUGGACAUGUGUGUUCUAAUAUCUCAUGGGAAUAAAAUGUGG